AUGAAGGCCCACCUCGUCGCGAUUCUGAGCAGCUUGGCCUGCGUCCAAUCUCUCGCUGUCCCCGAGCCCAGGCAAGCUGGAAGCUUCCCGUCGGCAAGUGGGACGCGGUUCACCAUCGAUGGGCAAACAAAAUACUUCGCCGGCAGCAACUCCUAUUGGAUCUCGUUCCUGACGAACAAUGCCGACGUAGACCUUGUCAUGGACAACGUCGCAAAGUCAGGUCUCAAGAUAUUCCGUGUCUGGGGCUUCAAUGAUGUCAACACGAUCCCCGGCAACAACCAGGUCUGGUAUCAGUAUCUGUCGGCUUCUGGGUCUCAGAUCAAUACAGGGGCGAAUGGUCUGCAGCGCCUCGAUGCCGUGGUUACUGCCGCGGAGCGGAAGGGAGUGAAACUCAUCAUCAACUUUGUCAACUUCUGGGACGACUAUGGCGGCUUCAACGCUUACGUGAAGGCGUUCGGAGGGUCGAAGGAGAGCUGGUACACGAACGCCGCCGCUCAAGCCCAGUACCAGGCUUAUGUCCGAGCGGUUGUGAACCGCUACAAGAGCUCCUCCGCCAUUUUCGCCUGGGAACUUGCGAAUGAGCCCAGAUGCAAAGGAUGCAGCACGGACGUGAUCUACAAAUGGGCGGAAUCAACUUCCAAAUUCGUCAAGUCGCUCGACUCCAACCACAUGGUGACUCUUGGUGACGAGGGAAUGGGGCUGCCUGGAGACGGGAGCUAUCCAUACCAGUACGGCGAGGGGACGGACUUCGUCAAAAAUCUCGGCAUCAAGACUCUCGACUUCGGUACUUUCCACAUGUACCCUGACCAUUGGGGCGUUGAUCUGAAAACGUGGUCUCCUGGCUGGAUCAAGUCCCAUGGUGAGGCAUGCGCCAAAGCGGGAAAGCCCUGCCUAUUCGAAGAGUACGGUUCCCUGAGUGACCACUGCAACAUCGAGAAGGCAUGGCAGCAGGUAUCGCGUACGGCGUCUGGCCUGGGAGCUGAUUUGUUCUGGCAGUGGGGAGACCAACUGAGUUCAGGACAGACGCACAAUGACGGAUUUACAAUUUACCACGGCAGCAGCGAUUAUCAAUGUCUGGUGGUUGACCAUGUUAAGGCAAUCAACUCCUCAUGA